UUCCAGCAGAUAGAGAAGUUAGUAUUUUGGUCUUGACUAUCUUAGUUCUUCUAAGUGGUUAAGUGUUUUGGAAAAGUUAUAAUCCCUUGUAGCAAGCAGUGUCAAGUCUGACCGUUGACGCAUAUGUGGCAAUCCCCAAGCUUUCUUUAAGCAAGUGUUGCCCAACCGUGGCCCUUAGAAAGACUUAAAGUUUCUUGCAGCCAGCUAAGGACUCUAGCAGUUUUCUAGACCCUGAGCACUGCACUGCUGUAAAAAUGGGACUUUUUUUUUUCCUGUUUCCUUCAGUCCGUCUCUUCUUUGUUCUAUCUACACUCUAACUGGAAGCUUUGCUUGCAGAUAUUGAAAGUAUCAGUCGUUAUUUUGGAACAAGUGGAUAAUGGGCACAGAGAGAAAGAGGCAGAGAGACCUUACUGUGAAGGUGUUUGGAGUGUUGUGAGUGCCUCUGGGUUGACAGCAUUAUGUAGCCUCAUUUUAAGCCUUGUGGGCUGUGAAUUUGGAGUAAUCUGUUAGGAGAUCAUAUACUUCCUUAUAUGUUUACCGGGCGGCAUGUCUGGACGGUACUUUUGGGUGAUUUAAAGGAUCUAUGAACUUAUUCCCAGGAUGCUCUAAGCCAGGAGCCCAGGCUGGGGAUGGUUGAUGCACGUAAUCCUAACAUGUUCAAGGUUAAGGCAGGAAGAUUGAGAGUUCGAGUCUACCCUAGGUUACUUAUCGAGUUGCAGGCUAGCCUGGGCAUAGCAAGACCUUGUCUCAAAUGAACAAACACAAGGAAAUUAUACCCACAGGAUGGCCCAAAUGAGUAGUUCUGCUGGGAGCUUCGGUCAUCCAAGCCAUUGGUGCUUCUCUGUACUGCUGUGCAGACUCAGGCAUGGCCCAUCUCCCUCCUGUUGUUCUUUCUCCUUUCCUUCCACAGCCAACUCUCAGGUCUUUGUUUCUGAAAUGUAGAUGCCGUUCUGUCUCUUCGGGAGCUUUCUUCAUUACCAGCCAGUGUUUUCAGAGCAGCUUUUCCGAAGGCCCCAGGGCAGCAGGUUCUUUUGGAGCCCGGUGGGAAGCAGAUCCACAGAUGAGCAUGGCCGCCACUGCUGCUGUCAGUCCCAGUGACUACCUGCAGCCUGCUGCCGCUACUACCCAGGACUCCCAGCCGUCUCCCUUGGCCCUGCUUGCUGCGACAUGUAGCAAAAUUGGCCCCCCAGCUGUUGAAGCUGCAGUGACACCUCCUGCUCCCCCCCAGCCUACCCCAAGGAAACUGGUCCCUAUCAAACCCGCUCCUCUCCCUCUCAGUCCCUGCAAGAAUAGCUUUAGCAUCUUGUCAUCUAAAGGAAAUAUACUUCAGAUUCAGGGCUCCCAGCUGAGUACCUCCUACCCUGGAGGGCAGUUUGUGUUUGCAAUCCAGAACCCCACUCUGAUCAACAAAGGGAGCAGAUCAAAUGCAAGUAUCCAGUACCAAGUCCCUCAGAUCCAGGGGAACAGUUCCCAGACCAUCCAGGUGCAGCCCAGUCUCACCAACCAGAUCCAGAUCAUCCCAGGCACCAACCAAGCCAUCAUCACCCCGUCAACAUCUGGUCACAAGCCUGUCCCCAUCAAGCCAGCUCCUGUCCAGAAGUCAAACACGACUACCACCCCUGUGCAGAGCGGGGCCAAUGUGGUGAAGCUGACAGGUGGGGGUAGCAACAUGACGCUCACCCUGCCGCUCAACAACCUGGUGAACACCAGCGAUAUUGGGGGCCCUGCUCAGCUCGUCACUGAGAGCCCCCCCACCCCACUGGCUAAGACUAACAAGAAAGCUAGGAAGAAGAGCCUCCCUGUGUCACAGCCAUCCGUAGCUGUGGCUGAGCAGGUGGAGACGGUGCUGAUAGAGACCACGGCAGACAACAUCAUCCAGGCAGGAAACAACCUGCUGAUCGUCCAGAGCCCUGGCGGGGGCCAGCCAGCUGUGGUCCAGCAAGUCCAGGUGGUGCCACCCAAGGCUGAGCAGCAGCAGGUGGUCCAGAUCCCCCAGCAGGCACUGCGGGUGGUGCAAGCUGCCUCUGCCACCCUCCCCACCGUCCCCCAGAAGCCCUCCCAGAACUUUCAGAUCCAGACAACUGAACCAACACCAACCCAGGUUUAUAUCCGUACGCCUUCUGGUGAGGUGCAGACAGUCCUUGUCCAGGACAGCCCCCCAGCAACAGCCGCCACCACAUCAACCGUCACCUGUAACAGCCCUGCACUCCGAGCUCCCCAUCUGAGUGGCACCAGCAAAAAACAUUCAGCUGCCAUUCUCCGAAAAGAGCGGCCCCUGCCAAAGAUUGCACCUGCUGGGAGCAUCAUCAGCCUGAACGCCGCACAGCUGGCAGCAGCUGCUCAGGCCAUGCAGACCAUCAACAUCAAUGGUGUCCAAGUCCAGGGUGUGCCUGUCACCAUCACCAACACUGGCGGGCAGCAGCAGCUGACAGUGCAGAACGUUUCUGGAAACAACCUGACCAUCAGUGGGCUGAGCCCCACCCAGAUCCAGCUGCAGAUGGAGCAGGCUCUAGCCGGAGAGGCCCAGCCUGGGGAGAAACGGCGGCGCAUGGCCUGCACGUGUCCCAACUGCAAGGACGGGGAGAAGAGGUCUGGGGAGCAGGGCAAGAAGAAGCACGUGUGCCACAUCCCGGACUGCGGGAAGACCUUCCGGAAGACGUCCUUGCUCCGGGCCCACGUCCGCCUGCACACUGGCGAACGACCCUUUGUCUGCAACUGGUUCUUUUGUGGAAAGAGAUUCACGCGGAGCGAUGAACUCCAGCGACAUGCUCGAACCCACACAGGGGACAAGCGCUUUGAGUGUGCCCAAUGUCAGAAGCGCUUCAUGAGGAGUGACCACCUCACCAAGCAUUACAAGACCCACCUAGGCACGAAGGGCUUGUAAGGCCAACUGAGGCAGGAGGCCCUGAAGAUGGAACACCCCCAUCUGAUUGGCCCUGGGUCCAUGAUGGACAGGUGCCCACGACUGCCCUGGGCAGCCCUCACCCCACUCCUGUUCUGUGGCUGUGUCUCCACAGAGAGGGACUCUGUUCCUGUGUUCUCCUCCUUCCAAAGGCUCUGCCCCUCUCACCAUGAGCUCCUGGCCUGCCCAGGCCAUGGACACUGGCCAUGCCCAAUGAGACGUUCUAACCCAGGACGCGUGGGGACCCUUAUUUCCAAAGGAAAAACAUACAUUUCACUCCGUCGAGGAGCAAAGUGAGCCCCCAUCCCCGCCCCAUCCCCUUCCUCAACACUGCCGGAGUCCCAUUGUGCCAUGCCCCCUCCCCCACCGUGCUUCCUUGUCCCCCUCAAUUAACUCCUCCUGGGCCACUAGGGACACCCCUGGGCCCUGUACCCAGCCUCCCACUGACACCCCCCACUGGGGAGGUGGGAGGCUGCCUCCACUCCACUGCCCAGCCCUGCCACGGCUCUCCUCCAGACAUUCCAACUUCCUAUGAAAGGUCAGCCGCCGAGGACCUGCCCUCCCUCUUUUCUACGGAACGUUGCCUUAUACUCACUUCAGAUGAUGACACUGUGGACGCGUGUGCUGUAACCACAUUUUAUUUAAUUGCUCCCUUCCUUUCUUUGCUAGUCACCUCCCCCUUGCCUGCAUUCAGUUUAGGGUUUUGGGGGCAAUGCUGAGCAUAGGAGGGUCUUUUUUUUUUGCAAUUUUUUUCACUUUAACAAUUCUUUUCUAAAUGACACAUUUCAACUCAAAUCUGGACUCACGUGAGAACACCUUCCAUCCUGACCCCUCCAUGCCCCCAUCUCCCCCUGCCCAAGCUCCACUGUGUACAGUGUAUAUUGUAUAAUAGACGAUUGUGUCUAAGACAUGUUUUAAAAACAUAUUGCUUGUUAUUUUUGAGGCUUUUAAAUUAAACAGAAAUCCAACUUUAUUUUUCGUUGUAACUGCUUGAGGAUGUUUUAUUAAUUAAGUGAAGAUUUGUUAUCCUUUAUUAACGAUGUAUUUUGUUGGUCGGUACUGGGCUGACAAAAGGUUUCUUGCUAAUAAAUUUAGUUGCCCAAGGCAAA